UUAUUUCCUAAGUUUGACAUUCUUUUAACAUACACAGUUAAAAAUUAAACGUUUAUUACAAUUGGUAUAGAGCGCCCCUCUGUGGUCUCUACCGGUGCACACGGUCCGCUCUUCACGCCACGAUACGGGUACCCGCCAAACGUACGUACACUGUAAACACGUGACAGGCCUGUUAGCCGGCUAGUUUAGCUUGAGAUAGCGUUGCGGGCACAUUUUAUUUACAGUCAUGUUUGUAGCGCGUAGCAUCGCAGCUGACCAUAAAGAUCUAAUUCACGAUGUGUCGUAUGACUUCCACGGUCGGAGGAUGGCAACUUGUUCCAGUGACCAAAGCGUGAAGGUUUGGGAUAAAACUGAAAAUGGAGAGUGGCACUGCACGGCCAGUUGGAAGACACACAGUGGAUCAGUGUGGCGAGUGACCUGGGCCCAUCCAGAAUUUGGGCAGGUUCUCGCUUCCUGCUCCUUUGAUAGGACUGCUGCUGUUUGGGAAGAGAUUGUAGGCGAGUCUAAUGAUAAACAAAGAGGACUGAGCCACUGGAUAAAAAGAACCACAUUAGUGGACAGUAGAACGUCAGUGACUGAUGUAAAGUUUGCGCCUAAGCACAUGGGCCUGAUGUUAACCACAUGUUCUGCGGAUGGAGUGGUGAGGAUAUACGAGGCUCCUGAUGUGAUGAACCUGAGUCAGUGGUCCUUGCAGCACGAGAUAUCCUGCAAGCUCAGCUGCAGCUGCAUCUCUUGGAAUCCUUCCAGCUCUCGUGCCCACCCACCAAUGUUUGCAGUAGGGAGUGAUGACAACAAUGUAUCAUGUGGAGGGAAGGUUCAGAUUUAUGAAUACAAUGAAAACACAAGGAAAUAUUCUAAAGCGGAGACACUGAUGACUGUCACUGAUGCAGUGCAUGACAUUGCGUUUGCUCCAAACCUGGGAAGAUCUUUUCACGUCCUCGCCAUUGCAACAAAAGAUGUUCGAAUCUUUAAGCUUGUUCCAAUGAGGAAGGAAAGCACCUCUACAGGACCCACCAUGUUUGAGGUGCAGAUUGUGGCUCAGUUUGACAACCAUAACUCUCAAGUGUGGCGUGUGAGCUGGAACAUCACCAGCACCCUGCUGGCCUCAUCCGGGGAUGAUGGCUGUGUGCGGCUCUGGAAAGCCAAUUACAUGGACAACUGGAAGUGCACGGGUAUUCUGAAGGGAGAUGGCAGCCCGCUCACUGGUUUAUCUGGUCAGCCCACAGCCAUGAGCACCAUGAUGGGUUCCUCUGUUCAGACCUCCCAGAAUGCAAUAAACGGGAUGUCUGCAGGAAGGUAUUUUUUCCCACCCCUGGAACCUCCUACAGUGGGGACCCGAUAUGGUCACCUGCUACCUCCCUCGUCCCUCAUAGAGCACUGUGAGGCUGAGCCCGUUCAGCCUCAGCCACUGGCUCUUCCCCACAGACUGUCCUCUAAAACACUGCUGUCCUUACCAGAGGCUGAGGGGCAGUAAUUUUGCUGGAUUUUAGUUCAAAUGAGCUGGGGAAAGAAAUGAGCUGCAAAACUGCCAUUCUGUUGUAAUAAAGAUCUUAUUUUUUUAUUAGUUUUUACAUGUAGUUUUUUGGCUAUAAGUUGGAAUAAGAUGCUUGAAAAUGUAACAUUUGUGUGGUUGGACUUAUUUUAGAAAACCAUCUCUUUAAUUUUAUUCCAAUUCUAUGGUUAAUGGUGUCCAUGUAAAAUAAUAUGAAAAAUAAAACUUUGCAAUAUAAUCUAUUCUAUUGUGAUUAUGCACUGUAAAAGAAUAAUUUCUGUACAGUAUAUAUCUGUUAUUUUAUUUGGUUGUGAAGAUCGAUGGAAAAUUGACUGUCUGACACAUUCAGUCCCUGCAGAGGAUAUAUUGGUCACUAUUACACAAUGCUCAUGGAUAUUUAAAAUUACACACAGUGGAAGAUGAAAUGGACACUGUGCGUUAUUAAAAGAAUGCUGUCAAAUAUUUCCGUUCACAAGAGGCAAAAUUCAUUCAGGAAUGACACUCUGGCAUGCGAACAUCCGAUGCAUGACUCAUUAUCUAUUUUUAUGUUAAUACGACUGAUAAAUUGGGUCCAUUUGAUCAAAAUAACUUUCAGGAGGAGCUCUGUUUAGGUUCAGUCAUUGUGUCAUUUAUGUUUGAACAGUUUCCUUGUGUUUUGGAGAAACUAAAUGAUCCUUACCUUACUGUGCAGGUACGGGAAAUAUGGAAUGUGGGUUAAAUUGUGUGCAAAUAUACCUUCGAUCUACAACAUAGAAUAAAUAAACAGUCAUUGUCAUCAGUUUGGGAGGACGAUACGAUGUCAUUGCAUGCCUCUUCAUCUGAAUAUCUGGAAUGUGCUGGCUGCCACUUCUCCGCAGGCAGCUGUCUGGCAGACUUUCCUGCAGCUGCUUGAGCACAUGACAAAUAAACUCCCCACUUGGCUAAUCGCA